CACUCACACUUCUCCCUCGACACCACUGCCCUCUUCGGCGCGACUCACGCCGCGCCUCUUCUCUCUUCAGCAUUAGCGGCAUACUCUCAGCCCUCGCCGAGACCAGCAAAUCCAUGCCAUUCUUCGGCGGCGGCUCCUCUUCGCCUCCCAAGUCCGGCGGCAACGCCAUGGGCCGCAGCGGCAGCAACCAGGGCAGCGCCAUGGGACGCACCAGCAGCAACCAAGGCCGCAGCGGCGGCCAAGUUGGCCAGACGCCAGGCUCGUCGACCGGCAGUGCGUCGUACUUCGGCAACAACGUCGCUGAUGACGACGAGCGCUCGGACGUGCCCUCGACGGUCGCCACGUCGGUCCAUACGGGGGGCUACGACAGCGGCAACAAGGUCGGCUUCGGCGUCAGCUCGCAGGUCGACAACAGCAGCAAGGGCGGCCAGCAGCAGGGCUCGUACGGCCAGAACAACAGCAGCACGCCGACGCCUGGCGCGUACGGCGGCCAGCAGCAGAGCGGCGGCCAGCAGUCGGGCAACACCGGCGGUCAGCAGCGCGGCCAGCAGCAGACGCACCAGCAGCAGCACCAGCAGCAGCAGCAGUCCGGCGGCUACGUCAGCCAGCAGCAAUCGGGCUACGGCAAUAACUCGCUCGGCGGCCAGCAGUCGUACAGCGACGCCGCGAACAACUCGGGCGGCAACCGGCGCGACACCAUCGCCUCGACGUAUGAGGAUGCGCGCGAGAAUAGUACGAUGGACAACCAGUCGAUCAUGGGCCGUGGCCGCGAGCAGUCGCUUGUCGAGCAGUCUGGCGACUGGUCCGUCGACCAGAGCCGCAUGGCCGCCGGCCACGGUAACGUGUCGCGCUGGGAGCAGACCGACGCGGCAUCCUUCCUCGGCUCCGACCCCAUCGCCCAGGCGACCGACUUCCAGGACGGCGACAUCAUCUUCGUGUCGUCCGAGGCCGGCGCCGCCGCGACCCGUCAGCCUCCGACGCGCUUCAGGGUGAGCAGCAGUCGAGUGGACCGUGCUUGACGUUGCUGACGGUCGCACAGAUCCACGAGGUCAACCUCAAUGUGCACUCCGCGGUCCUCAGCGAGAUGGUCGA